CAUCAAUGAAAUGCCAAAAUCGGGCCGAACUUUAUACGGAAAAUAUAUUUCUCUACGUUUCCAUAUAUGCCACACAUUUCCGCGGGCUAUGCCUUCAAUACCUCAGCCAAACAUUUGCGGCGAAGUAUAGCAACGAAAUGAGACAAUUAGUGUCCAUAAGUCAAGACUUGGUCGACAAAACGGCCGAUAGGAUAGCCAUCGGCAGUAUUGCACUGUUUAGACGCCUCGACCCAAACACCAACCAAUCCCUGGAUCUCUAUUAUCAUCACUUCUACUAUUACUACACAAUUAAUAUGACAUUUAUAUUUGAUAAAUACGUGACACAUUUAUUGGGCACUUAUUUCGACAGCAAAUAUCACGUUAUAAUCCACGGCAAGAGUAGUGACGCGUACCGAUCGUUAGGGCAAUACAUAUACGGAUUGUUUCAAUACGACCCGUCAUUUGGAGACUCGAGAAAAGCGUUCAAACCUGUUGUCAAUUACGACCAAAUAAAGCCAUUAAUACCCGAUAUAUUGCAAAUUCAUUUGAGUAAAAUAGUGUGCACCCUGUGUUCAACCCAGGACAAAUUCCGUGGCGAUCCCCUCCCCCUUCUAUUCGCAUUCAAUAUGAAAUACGAUAAAUACAAAAACAAAUGGCAUUUAUUGAUUGUCCACGAAUUGAAACAAAACAAUAUGACAUACAGUGAGACAAGUCUUGGUAAGAGUGUUGGCCCACAGCUAUACUUCCCUUUCUAUCAAUUGGUUGACGAAAUGUUUGGCCCAAAAGAUUUGUAUAACUAUUCAAACGCCGGCUUUAAUAAGAUUAUCGGCGCAUACUUUGUGCCCUUUAAAAGCAGCCAAUGGCCACAUAUUGUCGCUAAUAAUAUACAUGAUAAAAGUGAUGAUAAGAAUUUGUAUGAUUACAACAUGGUCAAUUAUUCUGUGAAAUUUAAACAUGGUGAAAAAUGGGUUUGGUAUAAAGAGGAUAAACACUUUGAGCCCGCGGAAAUGUGUGGCAUAUAUGGAUCUCAAGUGAUAGAAGACUUGGAUUUCAAUCAAAUGAUGAAUAAAUUCAAUGAAAUGAAGGUUUUCUGCGAAACGAUAGACAAAAUGCAAUGUAUUUUGAAUACAAAUUAUAGUGAUUUGAAUGAAACCAUUGAAUCAUUCAAUGAAAUUAAUAUUAUUGAUUGCAAACCAUUGAAAAUUAUUGAUAAAAUGAUUGGAAAUAUUAACUCAAUUAAUAAUAAUAAUAAGUAUUUCCACUGUUUUUGGCCCAAUUGUCACUUCAAUACUAAAUAUAAAUUCAGUUUAAGUGAACAUCAAUUAACUCAUUCGGAAGGAAAACUAUUUAAAUGUAAUUAUAAUAAUUGUGAUAAAAGCUAUAAAAGAUUCGCCCAUUUAUAUGAUCACAAAAAUAGCGUUCAUUUAAAUAAAAGAAUUAAAUGUGAUGUCAAAGACUGUAACAAAACAUUUACCAAAAAACAUCAUUUAAAUCAACACAAAAGUUGUGUUCAUUUGAAACAAAAGGCAUUUAAAUGUGAUGAAGAAAAUUGUGGCAAAAGUUUUGGCGUAAAAUCACAUCUGAUUGAACACAAACGCAUUCAUUUGAGCGAAAAACCACUUAAAUGUGAUUUUAAUGGUUGUAACAAAUGUUUUACACUAAAGAAACAUUUAACUAAACACAGGAAUAGCGAUCACUUGAAUAUUAGAUUUGUUUGUGAUGUCAACGAUUGUAAUACAAGUUAUAAAACAAAACAGCGAUUAAAUCAACACAAAAGUUGUGUUCAUCUGAAGGAAAAGCCAUUCAAAUGUGUUGAAGAAAAUUGUGGCAAAAGUUUUGGUUUAAAACAAUAUUUAAAAUCACACCAACGGAUACAUUCGGGAGAAAACCCAUUUGUUUGUGAUUUCAACGAAUGUAACAAAAGUUUUGCAGUAAAACAAUACUUAACUCUACAUAAACGUAUACAUACGGGAGAAAAAUCAUUUUAUUGUCCUCAGAGUUGUAUUGAUGGACAGGAGUUU